AUGGGCACGGGAGCUGCAGCGCUGGUUGCCGCCGCCCUCGCCGUGGUGGUGGUCACGAGGCUGUGGACGGUGCUGGUCCACCUGGUGUGGCGCCCGUACGCCGUCGCGAGGGCGUUCGCGCGGCAGGGCGUCCGCGGGCCGCCGUACCGUGUCUUCGCGAUGCGGGCGGCGACGAGCUGCGACACGCUGGACCUCACCUCCCACGACUACAUCCCGCGCGUGGAUGUCGCUCUACGCUACGACAUGGUGAAGCGGGUCCUCUUCGACAAGUCAGGGCUGUACGGCAAGACGGACCCGGGCCCCACCAUACUGUCCCUGAUGGGCAUGGGCCUCGUCUUCACCGACGGCGACGACUGGUCGCGCCACCGCCGCGUCGUGCACCCGGCGUUCGCCAUGGACAAGCUCAAGUCGAUGACGGGGGCGAUGGCGGCAUGCGCGGCGGAGGUGAUCCGGGGGUGGGAGGCGCGCGCCGCGGCGUCGGCGAGCGGGGACGGGGUAGUGACGGUGGAGGUGAGGCAGCAGUUCACGGAGCUCACCGCCGACGUGAUCUCGCACACGGCAUUCGGCAGCAGCUACCGGCAGGGGAAGGAGGUGUUCCUGGCGCAGCGGGACCUCCAGUUCAUCGCCUUCGCGUCCAUCGACAACGUGCGCGUGCCGGGCAUGCAGUACGUGCCCACCAAGGCAAACGUGCGCCGGUGGCAGCUCGAGCGCACGGUGCGGGGCACGCUCAUGGCCAUCAUCGGCGAGCGCCUCGCCGCUGCAAAGGAGGCGAGGGGUUACGGCAGCGACCUGCUCGGCCUCAUGUUGGAGGCCAACGCCGCCGGCGACGACGGCAAGGGGCAGCAGCAGGCUAUGAGCAUGGAUGAGAUCAUCGACGAGUGCAAGACCUUCUUCUUCGCCGGCCACGACACGACCUCGCACCUUCUCACCUGGGCCAUGUUCCUCCUCGGCACGCACCCCGAGUGGCAGCAGCGGCUUAGGGAGGAGGUGAUCCGGGAGUGCGGCGGCGCCGAGGUGCCCCUCCGUGGCGACGCCCUCAACAAGCUCAAGCUCGUGACCGUGGUGCUGUACGAGACUCUCCGGCUAUACGGCGCGGCGCCGAUGAUCGCGAGACAGCCGACAGCGGACGCGGACCUCUGCGGCGUGAAGGUGCCAAAGGGCACCCUCCUGCUGAUCCCGAUCGCGAUGCUUCACCGCGACGAGGAGGUGUGGGGCGCGGACGCAGGCGCGUUCAACCCGCUCCGGUUCUGGGACGGCGUGGGCAGGGCGGCGGCGCACCCGAACGCGCUGUUGUCCUUCUCCUUGGGCCCGCGGUCGUGCAUCGGGCAGGACUUCGCGAUGCUGGAGGCCAAGGCCACGCUGGCGCUCAUCCUGCGGCGGUUCGCCUUCGAGGUGGCGCUGGAGUACGUGCACGCGCCGGCCGACUUCCUGACUCUGCAGCCGUCGAAAGGGCUCCCCGUCGUGCUCAGGCUCUUGGAUCCGCAUACUUUGGCCAGUUGA